CUGUACAAUUUUGAUUUUUUCCCAUAAACCUGCAUGACUAGGGUAAAAACUGACCACAGUUUCAUAAACCACAAAUACAGGAAUACCUUAUUAAUUCCCUCUCCUCGAAUACAAAGAAUCACUCGACAUGGGUUUUUCCCAGAACUAACCCAUCGGAAACUACCAAUACCGCACCGACCCAACGCUCCAAAGUCGACCGCCCUUGAUUACCCAUCUUCCACUAAUGUUUUUAUUACGGCUGAUAAAAAUGCACCUCAAGUUGCAGCCAUACCUAUCAUCAUCAUAAUUGUCUCAUGCAAGUAUAAAUAACUCCUCCUUGACUCUUCCAGCUAACUCUUGCGUUAUUCAACCGCCGCGAGCUCAUCAUGCUGGUGUUUGUCCUCAUUUUCGUUGCGUUAUUCGUUUUCACCAUACUUUUAUACGGCAAGUGGCAAAUUUUAUUCCAUUCUUUCAAAAUUCCAGGACCGGCUGCCGUGCCACUAGUGGGGACUUUUUCCCUCAUUAAUGUGUCGAAAAAGGGUUUUAUUAACGAAAUUAUCAAACAGUCUAAAACGUAUUAUCCCGUUUGGAAAGCAUGGACUGGCUCGGAGUUGUACAUUGUGACCAAUCGACCCACAGAUGCCGAAACUGUCUUGAGUACGUUCCUGGAUAAGUCCAACAUUUAUAAAAAUUUUGACGAGUACUCGAAAGGGUCGAUUUUGACGGCCGAAGCUUCGUCCUGGAAAGUCAACAGGAAAUUAAUCAAUCCGAGUUUUAAUCUACAAGUUAUUAAUUCUUUCCUGGAUGCAUACAUCAGAUAUACUACAGAGUUGGUGGAUAUUUUGGAAAAAACGGCCGGGACUGAACAGACCGACAUAAUCAAAUAUACCUGGCGGACAACUCUGGACAACGUGAUCGAAACUCUAGGUGAUUCAGAACCAUCUCUGCACAAGAACAGAUACGACUUUAUUGUAGCGGCUUCAAUCUUCGGCGACAUCUUCAUGCAACGAACGUACAAAUUCUGGUACCGCCUCCACUUGAUCUGGAAAAAUUCAAGUUUAUCGAAAAAACACGCCAAGUAUUGUGAAGAAGGUCGCAACUUACCUAGAAACAUGUUAACUCUAGUGGAAGAGUCGUACGAGGCGAAGAAGUACGAAAGUAACUCCUUGAGGGAAAAGCGUUUUCUGCCACACUUGGUCAAAAUGUGCAGCGAAACCGACGCGAUUUCACCCGGUCAAGUUCUGGAGGAAACGGUGACGAUGCUUCACGCUGGUACUGAAAGUACGGCCGCCACAAUUGCCGCCGCUUUGGUCUUCCUGGGGAUAAAUCCAGAAAUUCAGGAUAAACUAUACGACGAGAUUAUUUCCGUCCUGGGUUCCACCACGAAGAAUCCAACCCUGGAAGAUCUCAAUCGACUCGAAUUUACCGAACGCGUUCUCAAAGAAACCAUGAGGUUAGUUCCAGCCCUUCCAGUGAUCAGUAGACGCAUUAACAACGAUAUUAAAGCAGAUCCUUACGUUUACCCAGCAGGUUCUAACAUUCUCAUUCCCAUAAUAUACCUCCACCAAGACCCAGCGGUCUGGCCCGACCCCAAAAAGUUUGACCCGGACAGGUUUCUACCCGAUGUCUCUGAAACAAGACAUCGUUGUUCCUACAUUCCCUUUAGUUAUGGGGUGAGGAAUUGCAUCGGUUUGAGGUACGCCAUGAUGUCGAUGAAGGUUUUUCUCGCCAUGAUCAUCCAGAAACUUAGAGUGAGGACUGUGGAGCCGGCGACAAUGGACGAAGUGCAGUGGCAGCACUUCAUAGUACUAAGGAUCAAGAACUCGCGGGUGGUGUUCGAAAAAAGAUAGUAACUAUCUGUGGAUACAUGGAGUAGAAAAUAAGUUUGUUGCACUGUGGUUUGUGUUU